GAGUCACCUCCCUCUGCCUCUCCCCCAAAUUCCCCUCAGCUGUUAUAAAGAGGACUAGAGGCUGGAGAGUAAAAAGAACUGGGGGUAAGAGCCCCUCUGCCUAGCACUGCUCCCCCCAGGCUCCCAGAAAUCUCAGGUCAGAGGCACGGACAGCCUCUGGAGCUCUCGUCUGGUGGGACCAUGAACUGCCAGCAGCUGUGGCUGGGCUUCCUACUCCCCAUGACAGUCUCAGGCCGGGUCCUGGGGCUUGCAGAGGUGGCGCCCGUGGACUACCUGUCACAAUAUGGGUACCUACAGAAGCCUCUAGAAGGAUCUAAUAACUUCAAGCCAGAAGAUAUCACCGAGGCUCUGAGAGCUUUUCAGGAAGCAUCUGAACUUCCAGUCUCAGGUCAGCUGGAUGAUGCCACAAGGGCCCGCAUGAGGCAGCCUCGUUGUGGCCUAGAGGAUCCCUUCAACCAGAAGACCCUUAAAUACCUGUUGCUGGGCCGCUGGAGAAAGAAGCACCUGACUUUCCGCAUCUUGAACCUGCCCUCCACCCUUCCACCCCACACAGCCCGGGCAGCCCUGCGUCAAGCCUUCCAGGACUGGAGCAAUGUGGCUCCCUUGACCUUCCAAGAGGUGCAGGCUGGCGCGGCUGACAUCCGCCUCUCCUUCCAUGGCCGCCAAAGCUCGUACUGUUCCAAUACUUUUGAUGGACCUGGGAGAGUCCUGGCCCAUGCCGACAUCCCAGAGCUGGGCAGUGUGCACUUCGACGAAGACGAGUUCUGGACUGAGGGGACCUACCGUGGGGUGAACCUGCGCAUCAUUGCAGCCCAUGAAGUGGGCCAUGCUCUGGGGCUUGGGCACUCCCGAUAUUCUCAGGCCCUCAUGGCCCCAGUCUACGAGGGCUACCGGCCCCACUUCAAGCUGCACCCAGAUGAUGUGGCAGGGAUCCAGGCUCUCUAUGGCAAGAAGAGUCCAGUGAUAAGGGAUGAGGAAGAAGAAGAGACAGAGCUGCCCACUGUGCCCCCAGUGCCCACAGAACCCAGUCCCAUGCCAGACCCUUGCAGUAGUGAACUGGAUGCCAUGAUGCUGGGGCCCCGUGGGAAGACCUAUGCUUUCAAGGGGGACUAUGUGUGGACUGUAUCAGAUUCAGGACCGGGCCCCUUGUUCCGAGUGUCUGCCCUUUGGGAGGGGCUCCCCGGAAACCUGGAUGCUGCUGUCUACUCGCCUCGAACACAAUGGAUUCACUUCUUUAAGGGAGACAAGGUGUGGCGCUACAUUAAUUUCAAGAUGUCUCCUGGCUUCCCCAAGAAGCUGAAUAGGGUAGAACCUAACCUGGAUGCAGCUCUCUAUUGGCCUCUCAACCAAAAGGUGUUCCUCUUUAAGGGCUCCGGGUACUGGCAGUGGGACGAGCUAGCCCGAACUGACUUCAGCAGCUACCCCAAACCAAUCAAGGGUUUGUUUACGGGAGUGCCAAACCAGCCCUCGGCUGCUAUGAGUUGGCAAGAUGGCCGAGUCUACUUCUUCAAGGGCAAAGUCUACUGGCGCCUCAACCAGCAGCUUCGAGUAGAGAAAGGCUAUCCCAGAAAUAUUGCCCACAACUGGAUGCACUGUCGUCCCCGGACUACAGACACUACCCCAUCAGGUGGGAAUACCACUCCCUCAGGUACGGGCAUAACCUUGGAUACCACUCUCUCAGCCACAGAAACCACGUUUGAAUACUGACUGCUCACCCACAGACACAAUCUUGGACAUUAACCCCUGAGGCUCUACCACCCACCCUUUCAUUCCCCCCCAGAAGCCUAAGGCCUAAUAGCUGAAUGAAAUACCUGUCUGCUCAGUAGAACCUUGCAGGUGCUGUAGCAGGCACAUGACCAUAGACCUCAGGCCUCUAACACUUCCAACUCCAGCCACCACUCUCCUGUGCAUUUUCACUCCUGAGAAGUGCUCCCCUAACUCAGAUCCCCUAACUUAGAUUUGGCCCCCAACUCCAUUUCCUGUCUGUCUUAGACAGCCCUUCCAACUGUGUCAUCUCUUCUCUGGAGGUCAAUGGUGGAGGGAGAUGCCUGGGUCCUGUUCUUCCUACAUAAAAUGCAAGAAAACAGCAUGGCCAGUAAACUGAGCAAGGGCCUUGGAAUCCUUGAGAAUCACAUUUAUGUGCUUAUGAUUACGGGCAAGCUAAUUAACCUUGUUGAAUCUCAGAUUCCCCAUUUGCAACAUUAGGUUAAUACCAGUACUGCAGGAUUGUUGCACUAAAUGAAAUACUGUAUGUGAAGUGCCUGGCACAGUGUCUGGUACAUUUGUGUUUAAUAAAAGCUAACUCCACAUUCAUAA